CACGGACCGUCCGCUGUAUGUAUUAUUUAACUAGCGCGUUUACUCGUCUUAGCCGGCCAUCCAGCUCACUCCGGGUUUAAAACGGUAAGACAGUCCCGAAGUCAAGAACUUGGUUACGAGAAAAGUGCACGCGAAGUUAUGCGGGAUAAAUACGAGACGGUGGGGUUGAAUGCACUGUGACAUUUCUGUUCUUUUAAUAUAUUUAUUUUCCCUAUCGCCUGCUGUCCCCGCUGUGAAACGAAGUCACGUCGGUAUAAUUUCAUGUGAUAAACUGUUAAAUGUGCUACCGAAACUGCGACGGAUGCAAUGGCUGACAGCGCGUGAGGAGUUAGCCGGAGGUCCGACUGGGACGCGUUUGGAUGCGCCGGGCCAGUUAAUCCUGGGGCAGCAUCAUGGUGGUGGAGAGAACGCUGCUGGCUGCACGCCAAGGGGACCUUCAGACCCUCAAAAUACUGCAGGCGGAGAAGGCGCUGCACGCCGGCGUGAGAGACCCGCUGGGGGCCACUCCAGUCCACCAUGCAGCCCGAUCGGGCAAGCUCACCUGUCUGCGCUACCUGGUGGAGGAUGCGGGGCUGCCCGGGAACUCGCUGGCGAAGAACGGGGCGAGUCCUGCGCACGACGCGGCGGCCACCGGCAACCUGGCCUGCCUGCAGUGGCUGGUGACCCGUGGGGGCUGCCGGGCCUCGGACAGGGACAGUUCUGGGGCUACAGUCCUGCAUUUGGCAUCGCGCUUCAGCCAUCAUGAGAUCAUCCAGUGGCUGCUGAGGGGGGGAAGGGCGGACCCCAAGAUGGCCACAGACACGGGGGCACUGCCCGCCCACUACGCAGCUGCCAAGGGAGACCUGCCCUCGCUGCGGCUUCUUCUGCAACACAGCCCCAGCGUGGUCAACAGCCAGACGAAGAAUGGGGCCACUCCCCUCUACCUGGCCUGCCAGGAAGGUCACCUGGAGGUCGUGCAGUACCUCGUCAAGGACUGCGGGUCAGAGUCACGGAUCAGGUCCCACGAUGGCAUGUCGCCACUCCACGCGGCCGCCCAGAUGGGCCACAUCACCGUCAUCGUCUGGCUGGUGAGCUUCACCCCGACCAGCCUAUCGGAGCGUGACAACGACGGCGCCACGCCCAUGCACUUCGCGGCCAGCCGCGGCCACGCCAAGGUGCUCAGCUGGCUUCUCCUGCACGGUGGCGAGAUCGUCAGCGACGGCUGGGGCGGGACCCCUCUGCACGACGCGGCGGAGAACGGCGAGCUGGAGUGCUGUCAGGUUCUGGUGGUGAACGGAGUGCAUCUGGGAACGCGAGACCGCGACGGCUUCUCAGCGGCGGACCUGGCCGAGUACAACGGGCACAGUGACUGUGCCAGAUACCUGCGCACUGUGGAGAACAUGAGCGUGGAGCACCGCGUGCUCUCCAGGGACCCGUCCGCCGACCUGGAGAGCAAGCAGUCGGACUCAGGCCUGUCCUCCCCCAACGCCCCAUCCUCCUCCUCCGCCCAGCCUGCCUGUUUUGAGGUGGGCUCGCCCUCCAGCACUCUGUCCAACUACGACUCCUGCGCUUCCAGCCAAUCCAGCAGUGGCGAGAAGAGGAGCGGGGGGCAGCCGACGAGUGGCCCCAAUGAUUCAGCCGUCACAGACACGCAGACCUGCAUGGACGUGUCGAAUUCGGACGCAGGGGCGCAGAAGAGCGGGGCCUACGGGCACAUGCCAGUCCCGCCCCCACCACCAGCAUACCCUCCCCCGCCACCCCCAGGUCCCCUUAGCCCCGCCCCCGAAGCUACCGGCGAUCAGCCACCUGCUGAAGUCUACGUAAAAGUGAAGAAAAAUCUACGUCAUGUGGAGAGUGAAACUGUUGUGAGAGAGCUGACUGCAGCGGAGUCCCCAGGCAGCUUCCGGCGGACAGACUCAACCCGAAAGUCACGCAGCUUCAGCAAGCAGCCCAGCACCGCCGACUACUACAAGGCCCUGGGAGCCGAGGGCACGGCAGGGCGACCCGAGAGAGCCAUGCUGCCCGGCCAGGAGGAUUCCCUGCUGCCGGGGGAGCCGGCUGAUGGACUGAAAAAUGGAGCCGUGGGGGGACCGGCACCCCCACCGCCGGCUCCACCCCCACCACCCCCCCCCUCAGGCCCAUACUCAACCCGCUCCCCCCCACCUCCUCCUCCGUUGCCUUCAGAAGCUCCGCCCCCCAAGUACAGCUCCAGCCAACGGCGGCCGUCAUCCUCCGCUGGAAGCACAAAGUCUUUUAACAUGAUGUCCCCCAAUGGAGACAAUUCAGAACUACUGGCAGAGAUCAAAGCUGGCAAGAGCCUGAAGCCAACACCUCAGAGUAAAGGAUACUCCACCGUUUAUACCAGCAGGCCCGACGAGAGCAGUGGUGGGGCUCCUGCUUCUCAGCCUCCAACCUCACUUACUGCAUCAUCCCAGCUUCCCUCCCCAGCUGAUGCGCCGUCCCUGGCUCCCACCAUCCCAACCCCAGGCAGUCCACCGGCCUCCAACCCCCCGGUGAACGCCGUCAGCUAUGAGCAGGUGCCUCCCUUAGUGAAUGGCAAUGCAAGGCCCCCCCCCGUGCAGAAAACUCCACUGGUGGAUGUGGAGACCCUGGUGCCCACCCAUGAUGAGCAAGGCAGGGCCAUCCCAGAGUGGAAGAGGCAGGUGAUGGUACGCAAGCUCCAGGUCAAGAUACAAGAGGAAGAGGAGCUAAGGCACAAGUUUGCCUCCAGAGGGUACUACGAGCCCCAGGACUGGCACUACUCCCACGCCCACAACGCCAUCCUUGGCCCAUUCGGGGAGCUCAUGACUGAGGACGACCUCAUCCGUAUUGAGCGGCAGAUCGAGAACCUGCAGGUCAUGCACAAGGUGCAAGAGGUGGAGACAGAGCUGGAGCAGCUGGAGCAAGAGCUGCAGCAGCUCCUACCAGUAUCUGCAGCACUGAACCACGAGCACUUCUCCGUCAACCCUAAGCAGGUCCAUGGGCAGGCUGAGGACCUCCCAGCAUGGUGCAGCAAGAUCUCCACCUUGCUGAAGAGUAUGGCCAUCCUCCUGGCCACUCUUGGGGGCAAGCAGAUAGACAUUCUGGAUAUGAUCUCUCCAAUAUACGCUCAAGUGGAGAACAAGACUAUAACAAGCAGCUCAGCUGGUCCUACGCAGCCUUCUGCUUCCGUAAACAUUGGAAGGUCACAGUCAUUUUCCACCCGGGAAGAGGUUGAGAAGGAGAUAAAGCAGUGUGGCGUGUCGGUGAAGAACUUGAAGGCCAACUAUGAGGUUCACAGCCGGCCUGAAUCCACAGAGAGCAUGGGCAGGGUGUACAAGCGUAAACGGUCUCUGCCUGUGGGGAGUGAGUCUAUGAGCUACAGGUCAGAGCCCAUUUUAGAGGAGGACUAUGUCUGCCCAUCAGAGGACAUACAGUGGCACUCUGAGAGCCAAGCUCCACCACUUGACAUGACUGAACUGGUGGAUGAACCCAUCAUAACGCCAUCCUGUGCUUCUCUGACCUAUGCUCCUGAGAACCUCUCCCAGCCUGACCUAAAUCAGUACCCUUCACCCAUGUCCCCAGACCUGUUACUGGGCCAUGACCAACAGACCCGCAGCCUAGAGGUACAAACAGACUUGAGUUACGUGCAAGAGUACAUAGAUAUGAGGAAGGAGAGAAUAGUGUUUUUGUUUCUGGAGCACUGGCGGAAGUAUACCUUUACUGAUUCUGUCAGGCCCAAAUACACCAGGAGACAAGGAAGCAGUCACCAGCGUUCCUCGUACUGCCUUAGCGAUGCGGAUGUGGAUAGCAGCGAGCAGAAUGAAGAUGACCGACUCAUCUACCUCAUGAAACAGAGGCAGGUGGUGGGCAAUCUGAUCGACCACUGGAGAACCAUCAUCAGUCAGGUUCCUACUAGGCAGCUACGACGGCUCAGCCGAGCCCAGAUGAUCUAUUGGCCAGAACACUUCCUCCCGCACAUCAAUGGGGCUCCGGUCGCUUAUGACAACCUGACUCUCGACCUCUUCAUGCUUGGGUAUUUCCAGCUGCUUGAAAUGAGCAUGUCUCGCUCGGAGCGCAAGUUCCGUCACCUACUCUGCUUCGAAAUGUUCGACCACCUGGGCAGUCACAGCUGGGAGCUGAUCCGGAGGUUCCACCAUGAAGUCAUGGAGGAGAUAGAGUCUGGUAAAAGGAAGUGGUCUGAUGGAUUUGAGGACAUAAAGCAGAAGUACUUUGGGGAUUCUGUGGAGGUGGUGGAAGCGGUCAGUCCGUGUCAUGUGGAGAAACCGGACCCACAAUUUUCUGAGGUCCCACCCGAGCCAAAGUUAGACCCAGGUCCAGCUGUGGUGCAUGAAAAGGCAGCACCUCUACCUGGAAUCCAUGAGGAUUCUCUUCAGGUGAUCUCCGAGCUAGGAGAAUUCAGCAAUGAGGAGAUUUGCAGAUACAUAGACCGCAGCUUCUCCUUCUGGAAGGAGAAGGAGGCAGAACUGUUUGACAUUUGACCCUUGCCAUGUAACGAGUGACCUAAGAUUACAAGCUCAGGCAAAGACAAGGAAAGAUGGAACUCCAGUGAGCUGAGAGAUGUCUCUCAUGGGCUCUUGCUCAGCAAUGAAUAGAAAAGUGACAUGAACAAACUUCUUUAGUUGAGUUAUUUUGCGAAGCACAUCCCUUGUUGACCUUCGUGGGGCCUUAGGGAACUGUUUGUGUAAUCACAUUGUAAUUCCAGGAGAAUACGAGCAGCAACAAGUCAACUGAGGAAUACGGAUGCGUAACACUGAGGAACUCAACUGGCAUUACUGUCAAGAGUUUGUUUCCUGCAUAGCUAUGAAACAUUUUUGCAGUUUAUUGACUAAAAGUGGUUAAAACUAAGGAAUCUAUCUCAGUUUAUAGGUUACUGAGAUGUUUGAAGUAUGUUAGGAAUUAUAGUGAAAUAAUUUGUUUUUGUUAAUUCCAGAUAUGUCUGGUACAAACUAUGGCAACCACGUUGAUUCAUUUGGGUGCAGAAUAUUACAUAACGUUUUACAAACAUUCUACACCACAAGUGGUCAAGUCAACAAGGAAUGAUCACUUAGCCUUUGGCUUGAUAAUAAUAAUCAUGGACUAGGAAUGUUGCUUGUUUCUCUUGCAACCGAGACUUUGAGAGAUGUCACCUCCCCACUUGGUGCUGACGGGCCACUCCCACACUAGCAUCCCUCAGUUCCCUGCCCCUGGCACACAUCCUUACAAGUGAAUGAAGCACUGAGAUUCAGAGGCAGUUUGCAUCUGAAACCUUUUUUUGUUUAAUCACACAAGUGUGAUCAGUCCAGACAAGGAGACAUAGCUAAGUAACAUUUCAACCAAGUUAUAGGUGCGGUUGGUGUGUUACUACAAAAAUAUGUAUGUUCUACAAAAUAAGCAAUUCAUUACACAGUGUUUAAACGGAUUGAGAGCCGUACAGAAGACAAAUGGCAAUUAACAUAGGAGUUAACCCCUCAGUCCCUAGUAAUUUCUCAGUUGACUGACAUUCCGUAAGGCCAACUACUCGAAAUUAGAAAGUAGAGUGUUUUCUGUCUGUUGCCACUGGCUGUUUUAUUAAUUUUUUUCCCCAGUGAUCUUCAGUUACUAGCAUUCAUCUUUUAACCACUUAUUCAAGUCAGUUUGCUGGGGGGGGCUGUUCUAGGCAGCAGAGGGCAAUAAGCUGGGGCAACCUGGACAAGAUAUGCAUCCAUUGCAGGGUACAUACACACAGACACAGUCAUACUGUAGCCUAACACCCUCUGGACUGGAGACCAGAGUAUCCAUAGGAAAAACAAACAAACGCACAAAGAGGACGUGCAAACUCCACACAGACAGGAGGUGCGAUUUGAACACAAACACUGGAUAAGUGAAGCAUCUUGGCCUUUUUAUUCUUGUCAUACAGAAAUUUCAUUCAUGUCAUAGAAAUCAUUAUGUACUUAUUUCAGAGACUGGGUCUUUUUUUUAAAUAUGAUUUAAAUAAUUUUAUGUAACCAGAACUUUUUCUGCCAUUUGACCAAUUGCUAUUUUGACCUGCACUCCCUUUCCCUGGCUUAUAAAUCCAAAGUGCAAAUUUGACCAAUCGGCACAUGAUCAGUCACCAUUUGACCAAUCAUCGUUUGAACAGUAACUCCGUAAAUAUGUCAGGUAUUAUAUCAUUUUGAAGAAAGGCAAUGUUUUCAAACUUCUUUCAUUCCGUAUUUAUAUUUAGUAUUAGGUCACAUCUAUGGCACAGACAUUGAUGGUGAUAUAACCAUGUUUUGUUUUUACUGAGUGUGUUUCUUAUUAACUUUUGCAGAAUUGUCACAUGACAUAAUUGUCAAUAAAGCUGUAUUUCAAAAUGCCAGAUUGUUUAAUUCAAGGUUAGCUCCAUGACAUUCUGUGCAUCUGGAUUCAAACCGUUCAGCUGCUGCCAGUUUAGAUAUUUGUUUCUUGAAAUUCAACAGUUUUUUCGUUCUACAUGUCACUCCACAUGUUCAUUGUGUUUUAUAUUUGAGUGUAUCCUCUCAGCUGUGCUAGGGAUAUUGAAUUUGAUCCAAAUGGCCAAACCAGACAAGCAAAGUCAACCAUCUUAAUGUAAUUAAUAGUCCUCAUCAGUUACAUCUAAAGCAUAUUACCAACCGGUAUCAUAUAGUACAGGAAGAGAUGAGAAGUUUGGCACUGAUAGACAUCUUAACACUGUUGAUAACACAGAAUCUGUGUCCUACUCCAUGACAUGUGGAAUGUAUCAUUUCAAACUGAGAGCUG